GAACCGGAAGUGAAAAAUAUUGAAAACACACAACACGUGGGGAAACAAAUAUUUUUCAUAAUUUCAGCAAUAAAUCAUGGGUAGAAAGAGAGAUUUGACGGGAGAUGGGCCAAAGAAAGGUCCUGGUAGAAAGGCAAAGAAGCAAAAACCUCCGCAAAUGCCGAAGGAACUGAAAGAAGACGAUGAUGACAAAGAAGAAAAGAAGCUUAGCAGCAGACAAAAGAAAAGAUUAAAGAAUAGAAUUAAAAAACAAGAUGACAAAAAAGAAAAAUUAAGACAGAAGAAAGAAGAACAGAAAGCUAAGCAGACUGCCAAAGUUAAGGACAAAGGUCAAAAUAAUUUAAAGAUGAAAGAUCAGAAUGUAUCAAAGAAUAUAAAGGGAAAGCCUAAAAAUGUCCAAGGAGUCAAAAGAAAGAAAGAGGAGAUAGAAGAAGAGGAGGAAAAUUCUGAUGAAUCAGAAGAUGAAAGUGACAUGGAAGAAGAUGACUCAGAAAAUGAUGUAUCUGAUUCAGGGGAAGUAACUGGUUACACAGAUCACAAUAAGGACUGGUUAAAACCAGCUAAAUCUGGAAUGGCUGAUUCAGACAAUGAUGACAGUGAAGAUGAUAUUCCAGAUGAUUUUAGUGAUGAUGGAUCAUCAGAUGAUGAAAGUGAUGAAGAUAAUGAGAAUUCAGAUGAGGAUGAUGAAGAUAUGUUGCCUGUUGAGAAGAAAGCCAAAAAGUUAGCGAAAAAGCAGGCAAGAGACAAAAAACUUGCUGAAGAGGAACUGAUGACCAACAUUACACAGACAGAGAAAUUCACAUUACCAAGUGGCCAAGAAGUGGAACAAGAAACAAAUCAGCCUCCAGAUAUUACACUGGUGCAGAACAGGAUAAAAGAAGUCAUGGGUGUCUUGGCCGACUUUAAAGAAAGGAGAACUGAAGGAAGGAGCAGACAAGAAUAUAUCGGUCAGCUGAGAAAAGAUCUUUGUACUUACUACAGUUAUAAUGACUUCCUGAUGGAAAAACUGAUGCAGUUAUUCCCCCUUGAGAUACAUGAGUUUUUGGAGGCAAAUGAAGUUCAGCGACCAGUUACGAUUAGAACUAAUACUUUAAAAACAAGGAGAAGAGACUUGGCCCAAGCAUUAAUUAACAGAGGUGUCAAUUUAGAUCCUAUUGGUAAAUGGUCCAAAGUUGGUCUGGUUGUAUAUGACUCACAGGUUCCACUAGGUGCUACACCAGAAUAUUUAGCAGGUCACUACAUAUUACAGGGAGGCUCUAGUUUUCUACCAGUGAUGGCUCUAGCUCCACAGGAAAAUGAAAGAGUAUUGGACAUGGCUUCUGCUCCCGGUGGUAAAACAACAUAUAUUGCUGCUAUUAUGAAGAAUACUGGUACAAUAUUUGCAAAUGAUGCUAAUAAAGACAGAGCCAAAGCUAUUGUUGGGAACAUUCAUCGUAUGGGCAUCACAAAUACAGUCAUAAGUCAUUAUGAUGGCAGAAUUUACCCCACUAUAAUGAAAGGUUUUGACAGGGUACUAUUGGAUGCUCCAUGCAGUGGAACUGGUGUGAUAGCCAAAGAUGUAGAAGUUAAAAUUAAUAAGGAUGAAAAAGAUAUACAGAGAUGUUCCCAUCUUCAAAGGGAGUUAAUUCUAGCUGCAAUAGAUAGUUGUGAUGCAAAAUCAUCAACCGGAGGAUAUAUUGUUUAUUCUACAUGUUCUAUUCUGGUUGAAGAAAAUGAGGCUGUGAUUAAUUAUGCACUGAAGAAAAGAAAUGUUAAAUUGGUUCCAACAGGUUUAGACUUUGGAAGAGAAGGUUUUGUAAAAUUUGAAAAACACAGAUUUCACCCAAACAUGAAGUUAACCAAAAGGUUUUAUCCACAUACACACAAUCUGGAUGGAUUCUUUGUUGCUAAAUUAAAGAAAUUCUCUAACAAAGUACCUGUUGAUCCAGAUAAGCAAGGAACAACAGAAAAUGUGGCAGAGCAAAAGGAGACUGCAGUCUUAAAUCAGAGUUCAGAAGAUAAAGGUCAAAGUUCAGAAGAAAAUAGUCAAAGUUUACAAGAGACAAAGACAGUGAAAAAAAAGCAAGCCAAUGUGAAAAAAGACAAACAAGGCAAAAGUAAAUGGAUGUCAAAGAAAGGAAAUAAGAAACAGUUUAAACCAGGACAAUUUAAGAAAUUUAAAAGUUCAUCGAAAGGAAAGAAGUGAUUUUGCAAACAUAUAAUAAAUUGACAUUAUAUACUGUUGUUUUAAUACUUAUAGGCAACAAUGAACCAAGGCGUGGUUAAUCUUCGAUAAGGUAGAAUCCCUGUUUUAAUAUUUGAGGAAAUGUUUAAAAAAAGGUGACAGUUAAACCAAGGCUCAACCUUCAUAGUUUACAAGUGUAAAAAAGUCUCAUUCUAUUAUGUCACAUCACAUUUCCAUAGAGUAAUAACAACUCACCCUUGUGUUUCAACAGUCAAAGUGAAAGGGUUUACCAAUUGUAUUGUCUUUCAAAAGAAUAUUAUAACAUUGUUUGAUGUAAACCAGGCAUGGUGUUUUGUUUGACUUAUGACCAAUGUUACAUAAGUGUUCAUCAAACGAUACUGAUUUUUGGUAAAAUAAAUUUGUGACUUCAUUAAACUGUGAUUAAAAUGAUCUUUUAUUAA